AUGGGUGUCACCGACAGAAUCAUUCAGAUUGGAGGCCAGAUCUCUGGCAACCCGACCGCUGGCGGUCGCGAGAAGAUCCUCCAGAAGAACCCUGACGAUAUCGUUGUCACUGCUGCCUGCCGAAGCGCAUUCACCAAGGGAGGCCGCGGUGGUUUCAAGGACACCCCCGCUGCUGAUCUCAUGGCUGGUGUUCUCAAGGCCAUCCUCGACCGCUCAAAGAUCAACCCUGCUCUUGUCGAGGACCUAUGCGUUGGAACCGUUCUCGCCCCCGGUGGCGGCGCAACCGAGAUGCGAGCUGCCAGCUUGGUUGCCGGUUUCCCUGAAUCUAUCGCCGUCCGAACCCUCAACAGACAGUGCUCUUCUGGUCUCCAGGCUACCGUCGAUGUCGCCAACCAGAUCAAGACUGGCAUGAUCGAUAUUGGUAUCGGUGCUGGUGUUGAGAGCAUGUCCCUGAACUAUGGCCCUGGCGCUGUCUCCGAAUUCUCAGAGGCCUUUGAGAACCACCCCGAGGCUGCCAACUGUAAGGUGCCCAUGGGUGUCCUCUCUGAGCAGAUGGCCAAGGACCUCAACGUCACCCGAGCUGCACAGGACGCCUUCGCUGCCUCAUCAUACCAGAAGGCCGUCAAGGCCCAAAAAGCAGGACUCUUUGACGAGGAGAUUGCUCCCCUCAAGGUCAAGUUCGAGGACAAGGAGGGUAACACCAAGGAGAUUACCGUCUCCAAGGAUGAUGGUGUCCGUGAUGGCAUCACUGCUGAGUCUCUGGGCAAGAUCCGCCCUGCUUUUGCCAAGGACGGCUCUAUCCAUGCUGGUAACGCCAGUCAGAUUUCCGACGGUGCUGCCGCUGUCCUCCUCAUGAAGCGAUCUACUGCCGAGAAGCUUGGACAGAAAAUCCUCGGCAAGUACGUUUGCGCCUCGAUUGUCGGUGUCAAGCCCCUUCUUAUGGGACAGGGCCCCUGGAAGGCUAUCCCCAAGGCUCUCGACCUUGCCGGUAUCUCCAAGGAUGAUGUCGAUAUCUGGGAGAUCAACGAGGCUUUUGCCAGUCAGUGUUUGUGGUGUGCCAACGAGCUGGGUAUUCCCCAAGAGAAGAUCAACCCCAAGGGAGGUGCUAUUGCCUUUGGCCAUCCCCUAGGCUGCACUGGUGCCCGACAGGUCUCUACUCUCCUAUAUGAGUUGAAGCGAACAGGCCAAAAGGUUGGCGCAACAUCUAUGUGUGUAGGAACUGGUAUGGGUAUGGCCGCCAUCUGGGUUGCCGAGUAG